AUGGACGAUUUGUAUUUAGAUGUAACGGUUGGAUACACCGACGAUUGUAAAAUAACUCAAAUUGACUAUCAUUCUUUUUUACCGUAUUCAACAUCUGCUCUUUCUAAUAACGACGAGGUGCGUAUUGCUCUGCAUAACACAGAGUCUUAUACUUUACCAUGUGAGAGUUAUAUUUACAUCGAGGGGACAAUAAUCAAACCUGUGGAAAUAACUGACGAGAUUAGAUUCAUAAACAACGGACUGGCAUUUCUUUUUUCUGAAAUGAAAUACGAAAUAAACGGUACUCAAAUUCAGAAACUCGUCAAUCCGGGUAUAUCGACCACAUUAAAAGGAUAUUGCUCGUAUAAUAAAACAAAUAUUUCAUCGCAUCAUAAUGCUGCUUGGGAUAGCGAAAUUAAAUCUGCUAAUAAAGAUUUUAUCGAUAACGACCAUUUUAACGGAUGUAUUAAUCUUAAAGAUUUGUUUGGUUUUUGUGAAGAUUAUAAGCAAAUUUUAAUAAACUGUAAUCAGCAACUUGUAUUGAAUAGAGCAUCGCUCGAUAUAAAUGCUGUCAAGCAAUAUAAAGAUAAUGAAGUUGUCGCAGACGCUCCUAAACUAAAAGACGUUAAAAUAAACAUAACAAAAAUAUUGUGGCGGAUGCCUAUAGUGAGAGUUAGUGAUAGAGAAAAAAUUAGACUGUUGAAAGUAAUCAACAAUCAGAAACCCCUGACAUGUGCGUUUAGAUCGUGGGAACUGUGUGAAUAUCCAUUUUUACCUCAAAACACUUCGCAUUCGUGGAAAGUGAAGACAUCCAACAAAUUAGAAAACCCUCGCUAUGUAAUAAUCGGAUUUCAAACCAAUAGGAAAAAUAGCUCGAUUAAAUCAAUGUCAUAUUUCGACCAUUGUAAAAUAAAAAACCUAAAAGUCUAUUUAAACGCUGAAGUAUUUCCCUAUGAAGAUUUUCAAAGUGACUUUACCAACAACAAGAUGGCGACAUUAUAUCGCGCGUAUGCCGAGUUCCAAAAAUCUUACUACGGCCAUGACGAUGUGAAACCGCUAUUGAACCGAGCAGAUUUCAAAAAUCUGUCUCCAAUUAUAGUUGUUGACAUGAGCAGACAGAACGAUAACGUGAAAACAUCAACCGUCGACCUCAGGAUUGAAAUAGAAGCAGAAGAAGCGUUCCCAGCUUCAACAUCUACAUAUUGCUUAAUAUUACAUGACCAAAUUAUAACUUAUAAUCCAUUUAAUGGUGAAGUGAGAACCUUGUAA